UAUUCCUCUUAUCCUGAGGAACCUCAGACUGUGCGGGACGGUGCCGUCCUUCGAACACAUAAGAGGUUUUCCUGUACCGAGUGUGGAAAGUGUUGCCAGUCUAAAUCCAAACUUAAUCUUCAUAAAAGAACUCACACGGGGGAGAAGCCGUAUUUGUGCCCUGAAUGCGGGAAACGUUUUUCAGAUAAGUCCAAUCUUUCCAAACAUCAGAAAUCUCACACGGGUGAGAAGCCGUAUUCCUGUCCUGAGUGUGGGAAAGGCUUUGUUCUGAAGUCACAACUUUCCACACAUCGGAGUUCUCAUACAGGGAAUAAUCCAGGAGAAAACCCGACUACCUCAAAUGUCCAUCCGGCACCACACAGUGUAGAUGGACCAUCGUAUUCUUCUUAUCCUGAGGAACCUCAGACUGUGAGAAACGGUGCUAUCCUUCGAACACAUAAGAGGUUUUCUUGUACUGAGUGCGGGAAGUGUUGCCAGUCUAAAUCCAAACUUAAUCUUCAUAAAAGAACUCACACGGGAGAGAAGCCAUAUUUCUGCCUGGAGUGCGGGAAAUGUUUUUCAGAUAAGUCCAAUCUUUCAAGACAUAAGAGGUAUCACACAGGUGAGAAGCCGUAUUCCUGUCCUGAGUGUGGGGAAUGCUUUGUACUAAAGUCACAACUUUCCACACAUCGGAGUUCUCAUAUUGGGUAUAGUCCAGGAGAAAACCCGACUACCUCAAAUGUCCAUCCACAUAGUGUAGAUGAACCAUCGUCUUCCUUUUAUCCUGAGGAACCUCAGACUGUGAGGUUUUCCUGUGCUGAGUGCGGGAAGGGUUUCCGUUUUCAAUCCCGUCUAAAUGUGCAUAAAAGGUCUCACACGGGUGAGAAGCCGUAUUCCUGUCCUGAGUGCGGGAAAUGUUUUUCCGUGAAGUCCCAUCUUUCCCAACAACAGAAGUCUUAUCUUGCCCAACAUCAGAGAUCUCACACGGGGGAGAAGCCGUAUUCCUGUCCUGAGUGCGGGAAAAGAUUCCUUACAAAAUCUGCACUGGUCAUACAUCAGAGUUCUCACACGAAGGAGAAGCCGUAUUCCUGUUCUGAGUGCGGGAAACUUUUUCUACAUAAAGCAAGUCUUUCCAUACAUCAGCGAUUACACACAGACACGAUGUCAUAUUCUUGUACUGAGUGCGGGAAAUGUUUUUCAAGUAUGUCCGCUCUUUACAGACAUCAGAGAUUGCAUAUGGGUGAAAAGCCGUACGCCUGUCCUGAUUGUCCAAAAUGUUUUUCUGGAAAAUCUGCACUGGUCACACAUCAGAGGACUCACACGGGGGAAAAGCCGUAUUCCUGCCCUGAGUGCGGGAAAUGUUUUUCAUAUCAGUCCAGUGUUAAUAAACAUCAGAGACUGCACACGGGUGAGAAGCCGUAUUCCUGUCCCGAAUGCGGGAAAUCUUUUUUUCAUAAAGUUUCACUGGUCAUACAUCAGAGUUCUCACACGGGGGAGAAGCCAUAUGCCUGUACUGAGUGUGGGAAAUGUUUUGCAGAUAAGUCCAGUGUUUAUAGACAUGAGAGAACUCACACCGGCGAGAAGCCGCAUUCCUGUUCGGAGUGCGGAAAAUCUUAUUCACAGAAGUACCAACUUACCCUACAUCAGAGAUCUCACACGACUCGCGCCGGUGUGUUAAAGUCCUGAGUCAAAGUCGGAGAUUCCUUCCCUGAGAAGAGGAACACCUUCGGAUACACCCCAAAAAACACGGGGCUGGUCUUUGUAAUGCGGGAAACCGUUCACAAGGAGAUCUGGGAUGGUG